AAGGCAAACAUCCAGGCAGCCACAAGCUAAGUAAUUCUCUCGAAUGUUUCACUCUCUUAUCUCUACUACCCCCUCUCUAUAACAUGUUCAUUACAUAAGAGCUCUUUAAUAUCGAUGUAUAAAGACAUAUAAAAUCAUACAUAUAUAGUGCUUAUAUUAUCUAUGUACCGUACAUAUGCAUAGAAACUGGAUUACAUACCAUCAUGGGAUUGUUUGUAUGAAAUUCUAAACUCAGUGAGUAUAUAUGGAUAUGUACCCGUAUAUACAGAAUCAAUCAUUAUGUGGAGGCUGAAGAUAGGAGAGGGAAAUGGAGAAGAUCGUUACUUGUUCAGCAGCAACAACUUCGUCGGACGUCAAACAUGGGAGUUUGAUCCCAAAGCGGGCACGCCGGAGGAGCGAGCAGCGGUAGAAGAAGCUCGUCGGAAAUAUGUAGACAACCGUUCUCGUGUUAAAGGUUGCAGUGACCUCUUGUGGCGAAUGCAAUUUCUGAGAGAGGCAAAGUUCGAGCAAGUGAUCCCGCCGGUGAAGAUCCACGACGGCGAAGCCAUAACCCAUGGAAACGCGACGGAUGCGUUACGGAGAGGAGUUUCUUUCUUCUCGGCUUUGCAGGCCUCCGAUGGUCACUGGCCUGGAGAAAUCACCGGACCUCUCUUCUUCCUCCCUCCUUUGGUAUUUUGUUUGUAUAUAACAGGACACCUUGAGGAGAUAUUCGAUGCUGAGCAUCGCAAGGAGAUGCUUCGACAUAUCUAUUGUCACCAGAACGAAGACGGUGGAUGGGGAUUACACAUUGAGAGCAAGAGCAUGAUGUUCUGCACCGCGUUGAAUUACAUUUGUCUGCGUCUCCUCGGAGAAGAUCCCAAUGGAGGACGAGAUAACGCUUGCAAACGCGCCAGGGACUGGAUUCUUGACCGUGGUGGUGUGACUUAUAUUCCCUCCUGGGGAAAAAUUUGGCUCUCGAUACUCGGAAUCUAUGAUUGGUCUGGAACCAAUCCUAUGCCUCCGGAGAUAUGGUUGCUACCUUCUUUCCUUCCAAUACACUUAGGCAAAGUUUGGUGCUGUUGCCGGAUGGUUUACAUGCCCAUGUCAUAUCUCUAUGGGAAGAGGUUUGUUGGUCCAAUAACACCUCUUAUUCUGCAACUGCGUGAAGAACUCCAUUUGCAACCUUACGAAUCUAUCAACUGGAAUAAGACGCGGCGUCUAUACGCAAAGGAAGACAUGUAUUUCCCACAUCCUUUGGUUCAAGAUUUGGUAUGGGACGCUCUUUACCUCUUUGUGGAACCAUUCCUUACCCGUUGGCCGUUAAACAAGCUUGUCAGAGAUAAAGCUCUUCGGCGGGCAAUGAAACACAUACAUUACGAAGAUGAGAACAGUCAUUAUAUCACCAUCGGAUGUGUUGAGAAGGUAUUGUGCAUGCUUGCUUGCUGGAUUGAAAACCCGAAUGGGGACUACUUCAAGAAGCAUCUUGCUAGAAUUCCAGAUUACAUGUGGGUCGCCGAAGAUGGGAUGAAAAUGCAGAGCUUUGGCAGUCAACUAUGGGAUACAGGGUUUGCGGUUCAAGCUAUACUUGCUAGUGAUCUCUCUGAUGAAACCGGCGAUGUACUCAAGAAAGGACAUGAUUACAUUAAGAAAUCUCAGAUUAGAGAAAACCCUUCUGGUGACUAUGAGAGCAUGUACCGCCACAUUUCCAAAGGAGCAUGGACUUUAUCUGAUCGAGAUCAUGGAUGGCAAGUUUCAGAUUGUACAGCUGAAGCUUUCAAGUGUUGUUUGCUGCUAUCCAUGAUGCCAGCUGAGGUUGUUGGCCAGAAAAUGGAUCCCGAACAACUAUUCGAUUCUGUUAAUCUCAUGUUGUCUCUUCAGAGUGAUAAUGGAGGUAUGACUGCAUGGGAGCCUGCCUGUGCAUACGAGUGGAUCGAAUUACUUAAUCCCACAGAAUUUCUGGCUAAUCUUGUGGCUGAGCGUGAGUAUGUGGAAUGUACCUCCUCUGUUAUGCAAGCUCUGGUUCUGUUCAAGCAACUCUAUCCGGAUUACAAGACGCAAGAGAUCAGCAGGUCCAUCGAGAAAGCAGUGCAAUUCCUAGAAAACGAACAGAGGCCAGAUGGUUCAUGGUAUGGAAGUUGGGGUGUUUGUUUCAUUUACGCCACAUGGUUUGCUCUUGGCGGCCUAGCAGCCGCUGGUAAAACGUAUCAAAAUAGCCAGGCUAUCCGUAAAGGUGUUGAAUUUUUGCUCACGAUACAGAAAGAUGAUGGAGGUUGGGGCGAAAGCUAUCUGUCAUGCCCUGAACAGAGAUACAUACCUUCAGACGGGAAGAGUUCCAACCUAGUGCAAACAGCUUGGGCAACAAUGGGGUUGAUCAGCGCUGGACAGGCCGAGAGAGAUCCAAUACCUCUUCACCGUGCUGCGAAACUUAUCAUCAAUUCGCAAAUGGAAAAUGGAGACUUCCCACAACAGGAAAUAGUUGGAACGUUCAUGAAAAAUUGCAUGUUGCACUAUGCUACCUACAGAAACACAUUCCCAUUGUGGGCACUUGCUGAGUACCGAAAAGCUGCGUUCGUUACUACUCCCUAACAUCUAUAGAUUUUAUGAACACAAGAAAAGAAAAAAGUAUUCUAUUGUAAUAAGAUAAUUAUUUCGGUCUUUUCUUGUGUUCAUUUCGAGAAAAUUAGUAAUAAUCUCAUCUUAUAACGUCA